AUGGAUGCACAAACCCUAAUAAGGCGGUACGAUGUUCUAAAGAACCUUCAUCAACGAGUGAAUGACUGCGAAUCCUUCUUUCUCUCGCCUAGCGAUCUUCAAGGUCUCGGGAUCCAAGCCUGUACAGUGGGAAUAACAGAAGACAGUAUUCUGCAGUUUCACCCAUGUUUUUUCCUACCUCACCCGGAGAGGGUCCUCCAAAAAUAUCCAAUAGACACUUCGAAAAUAUCGGCCGAUGGCCCUCCAAAGCUGGAUAACCGCCCAGACUUUGAUUCCAUUUUGAGAAACGUCCUCACAACCUAUCCAAAUGCAGAAGACCCUAUGGCAGUUGCAAGGAACUCUUAUGAGGAAGCCAUGAUGGUGUCGGGGCCGGACGAGUGGCAGAGUCAUGCUUUCCAAACACAGUACUAUAUGUCCUGGCAUAUCGGUACUCGCCGGAAGGGGCGACCAACAUGUUCUUCACUUAUGGACCUUGGAUCUCUUAGACUACGGCGGACGAAAAAAAAGAGAAACGACCCUCCGAUUUCUGAGCACGCCUUUGGCCCAUACUGGCAGAUCAAGACUCUCUUAGAUGACAGUAAAGAAAACGCACCUUUGCCACAUGCGAUUAUAGACACUAUCGCACACGUCCCCGCAAAUCAUGCCGACCAGAGUCUCACUCUACAUGAAGUAAGGGCUAUUGUGAACAUGAUGCUCAUUCGAACAUCUCAUAGGCCCUUUCGGAGAUAUUCUAUCCAUCCAUUAUUAGUUCUGUCUUAUAUGGGCGAACAACAUGGAAGGAUCAUUCAAGCUUCGUUUGAUGGAGAAAAUCUGCUUCUACAGUAUUCUCCAUUAUGGAGCUUCGAGGACGAUGAUACAGCACCGGUGGAACUCUUCAUACGCUACUAUAUAAGCCAGCUAGUUGGGCUAGAGAGAGCGGACGCUGGUGUUCGAGGACUUGCCGAAUCAGUUGCAUUAAUGGACCUAGAAUGA